AUGCAUAUGCACGGGCGCAGACAUCCGCCCCCUUCCCCUUCACACGCGUGUCUUGAGGCAUAUGUGCCGUUUGGAACUACCUUCUUGAGAAGACGUCACCCACAGCUCAUGAGGGCGGAGUGCGGCAGAGACAUCGCAGGCGCGGAAGUCGCCGCUGACACCGCUGGUCCUAGGCGCGUUCCUGGUGGCAGCUGCAGCCCGAGCAGCAUUGACACUAUACUUCCCAGUGCGCAAGCCAGCGAGUGCGGCCCAGGGCAGGUGAGUCGAGAAGACGGAACUCCGAAGGCGACGCUCAAGCACAUUGCUCUCAACGUUACCAGCGCCUCACCGCGAGCGGAAGAGGCUCCUGUCUCCGCCGCGACGUCCGCGGCAAUGCACGGGACACAAAACACACGGGGGCUCAGCCCCACCGACUUGCAGGGGCACAAAGGAUUUCGCACUGUCGACGCCGGAUCUCCGCCUUCUCGCUGCGGGCUCCCGAUCAAGUCACUCUUCAUGACGCGCUCCACACGCAUCUCUAUAGUCUCCAAUGAUUCUCGGAACACCUCACAAAUCCAGAUCCCCACAGCUGCAUCGACCACGGCAGGUGACGCUAUCAGCGACGCUGUUGAUGAUGCACGGGAGCUAGUGGACGCCAGAUCCUCACCAUUUCACUCCUCGGCCCCUCCCCCGCUGAUGCCGCCAACCACUACGCCGUGCAGACUGAGCCGCCUCUCUCACAGCGCUGCGACCGUUUUUGCGGCCACGUCAGCGUCUGAGGUGCCAGAAGGGCGUUACAGCGACAGUAGCGCGCCUGCCGAGCUUUUCGCCUCUUCUUCGCGUGCUGCUCCUGCUGCUGCAGUCGCUCCGGUGGCACAUGCAGCUGAGUUCGGCAUUCACGGGGACAGUUAUGCGAAAGAGGCGGCGCUACUCAAGAGUGUUGCUCAAGAGGGCGAUCAAGCCACGCCAAACUCGCUGGAUGGCGCACUGCCACCACCGCAUCUUCUCACACAAGUACACCGCGCGCUCACUUCCGCCGCUGGGACCACCGGUGACUCGACUGGUUUUUCAUCCGCGAAACCCCUCUCCCCUUCCUCCGCCGUCGACGAUGCCGCGCAGCGUGCGCAGACGCUGAUGGAGGCCACUCAUGCCCGCAGCCAGCGGCUCAGUCGCACAUGGGAGCUCUCUGCCCGCCAUCAUUCGCGAGCGGCCAGCGGUGUGGGCGCUUGGCUGUCCUCGGCAUCGUCAGCAGAGGUGGCGCAGCUGUGGCCGCAGCGCGCGCAGGCCACACCACGGUCCUCAGUCUACAGGGACAUCCACGACGCGCCGGAGGGUAUGUCUGGUCGCAGCGCACUGCUGCCGCGACGCGGACUUCACGUGCCCGGCGACAGUGCUGAUCCGACCUACACAACGGCAGUGGCGAUUGUUACCGAUGUCAUCGGAGUCGGGGAUCGAAACGGGGAAGACGCGCGUGGCCAACGCGAAGUCGCACUUCCGUCAACUGACCCGCCAUUUCUUCACCGUCAUCUUGCGGAAAAAACGGCGAGCUGCUCGCCGGCGGUAGCGGCGGUACCCGAGGCGGCGCGCCGUGUCCCGGAUACGACCGAGUCGUCGACUGCCUCGUGCGCGAGUACAUCGCCGGUGAACUUGACCACCUCACAGCAUCCUACUUCCGUUAUCCCCUACUCCACAGAGUCCCCGAACAGAAGCGCGCUGGCGAGUCAGGAAGGCUCCUGUGUGUUGGCCGCACCUCCCUUAGUACCGCCCACUACACCGCCGCUAACGGCAUCAUCCUUUGGUGAGCCGGCAAAGGCGCUGCUCAGUGCGCCUCUCACGAACGCUUGUAGGGACGGCCAGAUCGUCAACGACGGCGGCAGCGCUCUCCACCUCGAUUUGGAGCAGGCGGUGGAUGAGCUGCCGUGCUCAAGUGACGCAGCCGGUAGUGCCGAGUGCUACAGUACUUUCGCGGGUGUUGUGUCGGGAACCAUCGGGCUUGAAUCGGUGCUGGCAGACACAAUGCCGCAUGGUCGCUGCUUUACAUUGAACAUGUUGACCACCUGGGGAGACGCGUGCGAGGUGGGCCUCUGCGGGCUGGAGUUGUUCGACGACCGUGGCCAACGAUUGCUGCCAUGUCCCGCAGCAGCUACGGAGGCGGCGGCUGUGGUGUCGCAGACGGUGUCUGUGGAAGGCGGCGUCGUCAUACUGGCGGCCACGCCAGCGAAUGGGUUUGUGCGCGGCUUCGCCGAGUACACGGCAACCGUCACGGAUUUGGUGGCCGCGAGUAACGUUGGUGCUGCGGGUGGUGAGAACGCCGUGCAGACCGACUCGAGUGACGAUGCUGUGUGUGGUGAUCCGCGGCGGCAGCUCCGCGCACUGAUCUGUCCACACACACUCAAUACGCACGACGAGGCGCACAUGUUCGCCGUGCCGUACACGGCGGGUAAACCGCACCUUAUAAGCUUUGUUUUUGCAGAGCCGGUUCGACUCUCUGUGAUGCGGCUCCACAACUACGCUGGCAGGGGCCGCGUACACACCACGAAAGGCGUGCGCAUUGCCGAGGCGUGGAUGGAGGAGACGGUGGUCUUCCGCGGCGAGGUGCGCGCGAACUCUGGAGAGCUGUGCCGUGAAGAGAGCGCGGAGGAGGCGGAGGACGGUGUCGUUCACGGGCACGGCGAUCAACGCGCCAGUCAACGCUCAUCUCUGCCCCUUACGACAUCUUUCUCUUCGUACGGCCUUGAGAACUGCGAGAACAUUUUGUGGACGACGGAUGCCGCAGUGCUGGCACGCGUCAUGGCGCACGGCCCGCCCUCUACGACUCCACCACUGCGCGAGGUGGACGACAGCGACGGCACGCACGGCCGCCGGCACACUGCUGGGGUUUCGGUGGAGGGUGGGGCAGCUGUACCACGUGGUACGGCGCCAACGUCUACCGCACGCGACGAUCUGCUCAGUGGGGACGCAACGCCUUGCCGCCCUGUGUCUGCUCGCUCUUUGACGACGGCGCGAAGAUCGCAAGCCCCGCCUGCUCGCUUUAGAUUCUGCAGUGCACGGCAGGCGGACACUACCAUGCCGUGCCGCCGUCGUGCCUCAGCUGACGGUGCACCGUGCCUUCGAGGUGACAAAGACACUGUGACCCCCUUGCAGGUGUGUCCUGUGCGCGUUCCUGGCUCCAGUGCUGCAGUCGAGGCGUGGGCCGACGUCGCGACGGACGCGCGUGUGCACAAGGUGCCCGUCGGCUCCACAACCGAUUCGGCGCAGCCAGAGCUGAACAGCGGCUCUGGCCAAGACGACCGCCAGCAGUUCAAGCAAAGGCGUCGCCACCUCAAUCGGCAGGCGGUGCUCGACCCUGAUCGGUGUCCUCGACGGGUGACAGCGAUCUGCAUAAUGGUGCUGAGCACUUGGGGAGCGACGCAACACGUGGGCCUCAGCUGUCUACGGCUAAGGGAUGCAAGCGGCGACGUUGUCGGUUCUGUGGAUGUGCAGUGUGCCGCCCUCCACUACCCGGAUGGCACCAGCUCCGUUUGCGCAAGCCGCAGCUGCAGCGGCAGUAGGGCGACCAGCGCGAUCGAGAACCACCACCACGCCCUAAGCGCGGCGUGCAACAACGACGGCAGCAACGGCUCUGUGAAUGCGCAAGGCGAUGUCGACUGCUGUGGUGAGUGUCACCUCUCGAGGAAUGUUCGCGGCCUCUUGCACAGCGAGGUGUACUCGGAGGAAGCGGCCCGUGGCGCCAAUCAGCAGGCAUGCCCUUCUGGUCCGUGCCUCCUCCCAUUUCAAAGCACUAUGCAGCUUGUCUUUAUCUUUCGCGACCCGAUCCCCUCGCUGGGCUUCCUCGAUGUCGCGAAUUACUCGGUGGGGGAUCAAACGUGCUGCGGGGUGAAGGAUGCACGUGUCUUCUUCGCCGAGGAGGCAGAGGAGGGCGCCACCACUGCUACUUCGCCCCGUGCUUCAGCGGAGGUGUUUCGCCAGUUGUGGUAUGUCGGUGUUUCCUCGCAGAGUCGACGGGCUUUGGCAGCGGCGCGAGUGUACGAGGUGACCCUGCCGGCUGGCGUGACACUCCGGAAGGCACCUGCCUUUCUUGGCUCUGCCCGCUUCCAAAGCUAUGAUGUAUCUUUGUACGGCCCCGGUUUGCCACCACCUCGAAUCGCUUUUCCAUUGACAGCAACCGUCCACGACGACGACACUGCCGCCGCCGCUACUGCUGUUGCUGCUGCUACCAUACUCGGCGCACAAGCCCCACGAAGCAAUCUUCAGCGAGCGCCGCCGCCGUCAACGCAUGACACUGGUAUGCCCUUUGCCGAUCACCUUGGCCGCUACGAAAUCGCGUUCGGUCCAGGAACCGGUGGGGUCGGCAGCAGCAGCAUCGAAACGGAGGCGCUUUCAAGCGGCAACAUCAAUCGGAAUGGGAAAGGGGGCCAGGCUUGUGCCCAACGCCGCCAUGGCCGCGCCAGCUCAUUUUCCUUAACGAGCAGCCUCGGAGCCUCCAUGAACAUACGGGCCAACGUGGCGAUGCACCGCGCGCGCAUGUCCCUUCUGCAAGAGCGGCCUGCGUGGUUGCUGGAGUACCAACCGUAUGUGACGCCUCUCUUGCCAGUGGGGUACGUGUGCAAGCUGCGGCUGACAGUAUGCGCGCGCGAUGUCCCUGCCGCUGAGCCUUUUGACCCUUCCGUUGGCUGUCGUGCAGGGGCAAGGGAGGCGAAACCUACCUACGCGAGCGCCGCUGCCGCAUCUUCUGUCGCGACGGCGUCGGUAGCAGGGGAGGCGCCGGCACAGGCAGCCUCUGUGAUCACCGCCGGCGACUCUCUGAAGGCGUACUUGAAGGAGUGGCUCGUGAAGCCGCUCCGCGCCUGCAGCCUUGUGAACGAACACGGCGACGUGGUCAAGCCUAUGCGUCCAGACAAGUACCGCGCCAUGAUGCACGAGGAGGCGGCGCGGCGCCACGGUACGUCUUGGCAAGACGGUAACGGCGAUGGGGAUGCACAGCACGAGCGCGCACUGACACGGUGUGUGCCGAUGGUAGCGGAGAGCAUGGUGAGUGCUGUGCCCGCAAAUCACCGCAGCUUCGUGACGAGUAUGCACGCGAUGUCGUCACCGCAGCCGCCUCUGCAGGUCAUUGCGGAGCUGCUUUACGUCGCGGACGUGCCGUUUUGCAUCUCACUCAUGGCUCUUCACAAGCCCCUCGUCGUGCGCGGUUUGGCGGCGUGGGUUCGGCAGGUGCAGGUUUUCGUGGAUGACGCGCUUGUCUUCUCUAGUGGAGAGGCUUCUGUACGACUGACACAGACCUCACCAGGGAAUGGCGCUGCGCGCGAGCCAGGUGUGGGCGCCGGGGCGCGGACCGACGAUGCCCGGGAUGCUACAAGAGCAGCAGCAUCUGGCAGCUUCGGACCCCAGCUCAACAACGGCCGAGGCAGCACGGCUGAUGCUGCAAGCCAGGACGCACAACUGUGGGGAAACCUUCCGGAAUGUGCGACGUCCUUGAAGCCUUACGUGGUCUUCACGCUUGACCCAAACCUACUGGACGACCUACGCGCUGAAGCAACGGGUGCUUCCUCAUCAUAG